AUGUUAAUAAGCUUAUUAUUUUGUAUAUCAUUUGUUAAUUUUCAUAAUGCUGAAACAUUUGAAAUUAUUAAAGAUGAAUUAUUAUUUUUAAAUCUAAAUGCUAAGAUAGCUAAAAUCUUUUAUAAAAAUAAUUUAGUUUUUGAGAAAAAUAAUUUUUCUAGUUUAUUCAAUUAA